UCAAAUGGAGUGUAUAAAUAAUUAAAUAUCAUACCUUUUUAUUUGAAGCCUUAAAAUACUUUCGAAUGGGCCUGUAAAUUCUUAUUUUGAAACGACAAUAAAAAUCCACUAAGAAGCCUGUGGUAUCUGACAAUUUUGCCAACAACGAUGUCCACACACACACAACAUUUAUCAUCAUCACAGAGAGCCGUAGAAGAAAAGAAACAGAGAAUGGUGGUGUUAGGGAUACAGUCUCUUAAUUGGUACGUACAUGGCGGAUUCAUGGAGAAGAAGAAAAAACAUCUGAUGGGUAUUGUAAGAGCCACUGAAAGAGACGACUCACCUUCUUCUUCUUCUUCACAAAGAUUCGAAAUCGAUAGAGAUAAAGCUAGAGAAGCUCUGAAACAGCUUGACCAACAAAUCGAAUCUCAAGCCGAUGAAAAACCAAGAACCUUCGUCAAGACAUCAUCGGACGUUGUCAGAACAAGUAGUGGAGGUUCUUCAUCAAUGGAUCCGUUCAUGUUUGAAGAACCACCUGAGAUGUCCGGAUCGUUCCUCACAACUACAGCUUUUCUUCUCUUAGCUUUUACUCUGUUCUAUAAUAUUUUGUUCUUUACAGUUAUUAAACCAUCCAUGGAUGGACCAGAAUCAGUUCCAGCAGACAAGAGAGUAGCUAUGUCUGAUUCUGAACUUGUCCAGUUUCCACUUUCGUCUUUUCCUGAAAACACUAUCAAACAGUAAAACCACAAAAUGUUUUAUCAUA